AUGGAAGCUUGUCACCCUCCACAGCAAUCCAAUGUCACUGCAUACGGGGCCAUGGCUGUGGCCAUCAUCACCCUGGAGGCAUUUGCUGGCAUGUGGAUCAAUGCUUUCAUCGUUUGUGUGCUUUGCAUUGCCUGGGUCAAGAAGAAAACCCUGAACUCUAAUGAGAAGAUCUUGCUACUGCUGGGAUGCUCCAGGAUUUGCCUUCUAUGCUUUGCAUGGGGUUACCUGUUCAUUUCCAUAAUUUAUCCCAAAUACAUUUGUAUUUACUCCACACUUAAGCUCCUUGCAUCUUUUACAAACUUUUCUAAUUAUUCCAACUUGUGGGUCUCAGCCUGUCUUUGUGGUUUCUACUGCAUAAAAAUUGCCAAUUUCAGGAACAGCUUCUUCAUCUACCUGAAAGGAAAAGUUGACAGGAUGGUGCCCUGGCUCUUGUUGGGGUCAGAGAUUUUAGCCUUGGCUAUGGGCAUCGUUUUCUAUGACCUCAUGGAAACUGUGCAGAGUAGCAACCUCACUUCCAACAGCCAAGAAAAUUUUUGGGAAGAAGGAAUCACAAUGGAUAAACAUGUUUUCUCAUCUUUUUUUCUCACUGGCUUUGGAUAUGCUGCCUCAUUCAUGGCGUUCUUCUUUGCUGCUGUUUUCCUUCUCUUUUCUCUCUGGAGACACAAGCGCACCAUGCAGACAAGCUCCAUGAAGGACCUCAGCAUGGAUGCCCACAUCAGAGCCAUGAAAUCUGUCCUCUCCUUUUUAGUGAUGUACAGCAUCAACUUUGCAUGUUUGCUUUGGAAAAUAAUUUAUGCCACAAAGAAAGAAAAUAUCAUUACACUUCUUAUAUCCAUAUAUCUUUGUGCUUUUCCAGGUGUUCAUUCUCUUAUUCUGAUUUUCAGCAAUCCCAAGCUGGAAAAGGCAUUGUUAAAGAUUCUCUCCUGUGUGAAGUGUGAGUUUUUCAUGAAGUAG